CUCAUCACUUGGUCUCUCUCACAGAGUGGAUGCACAAAGAGACAGUGGUAGAGUAGAGACAGGCAGAGCUACAGAAAGAUAAAAAGAAGAAAAACUAGUCAGGAGGCAGCUAAAAGAGAGAGAGAGAGAGAGAGAGAGAGAGAGAGAGAGAGAGAGAGAGAGAAGAGAGAGAGAGAGAAACAACAGCAAAGAGCAUACUUACAUUAAGGUUGGAUAUGGCCAGGUUAGAUGUCACAGAAACGUUUCAUGGUAUCAUGUUUCCUGGACACCUGCACACCCAGGAUUCCUUACAACUUGCUCUCAAAUUUCCGUUUCAGGACACGGAUAUUGUCAUUGUCUCCUAUCCAAAGUCAGGCACCACAUGGAUGCAGGAAAUUGUGUCUCUCAUAUCCAGCAGAGGGGACCCACAAGUGUCCCAAACUGUCCCGAACUGGACUCGGGCUCCCUGGCUGGAGCACCAUUAUUUUGCUGCGGUACUGGAGGCCUCACCCACCACACCUCGAGUCAUCACCUCACACCUGCCUCAUCACCUGCUGGGGCCCACCCUCCAGGGCACCAAAGCAAAGGUCAUCUAUGUGAGCAGAAAUCCUAAAGAUGUGACAGUGUCCUUCUAUCAUUUCCACAAAAUUGCCAACUUCCUCCCCGAGGUUGGCUCAUUUCCAGAGUUUUUAAAUCAAUUCCUGGAGGGCACACUGCACUAUGGCUCCUGGUUUGACCACAUUAAAGGCUGGACCAGUCAGACAGCAACUAUGAACAAUCUGCUUCACAUCACCUAUGAAGAGAUGUCGUUGGACCUACAUGGCGUCAUAAAGAGGGUGAGCUCUUACCUACACAGUCCCCUGCUGGAGGAUGAGAUCAACAACUGUGUGAAACAUUGCAGCUUUGACAGCAUGAAAGACAACAAGAUGGCCAACUACACCCUGGUCACAGCAGAUAUAAUGGACCAUAGCAAGGGCUCCUUCAUGAGAAAAGGUAAGAUUGGAGACUGGGAAAACAUGUUCACAGAGGAGCUGAAUCAAUAUUUCAAAAGCAUCUUCCAGUCCAAGAUGGAGGACUGUGCUUUAGAGUUUGUGUGGGAGGACCAACACAAAGAGGAGACUCACGCUAAUGAACAAAUCUCACUGAAGAACACAGCUGUAAAAAAAGCUAAAUAAAGUUAGAAAUUGUGUUGCAUCCUGGGAGUUGUAGUUUACAGUAAAUGAUUACAGGGCCACUUUUUGACAUGCAAUAUUUAGUGCCCUUCAAUAUUGCAGUCUUACUUUCAUUGCAGUAAUGUGUCUGUGCAUGAUGUAACGCUUGUAAUAAUGCUUAUUAUGUAUCAAUAAAUGUCAGAUAACUGAAACCUGUUACAGUUGGUUGUCCAAAGUAUGUUCUUUAGCGCAAAACAAGUGGCACUUAAGGUUGCCAAUGUGUAAUUCAAGCAAAGACAUUGAGUCAUAUAAGCAGCAGAACUAUGAAAAGAGAGGAAGGACAGGUCAAAGGUUAUAUUUUAAAUCUCCUUAUCCAGAGGGUUGAGUGGCCCUUGUGCAUUCUGUUACUUUACACCUCACAAAGGUGUUUCUCCCCCUCCAGUUUCCAUGCACUGGAAGGCUUUGAUCAAAUCCUAUCUAAUCUGUGUGUGUCUUUAAAAGAAUAGAGUGAACAGAUGGUACAGAACACACUGCUCUGUGACUGCAAGGAUGAAUUCUGAUAACUGGUGGAUAUGAGCAUUAAUCCAGAGGUGGAAUUUAAAUUUUUGGUUGACAUGAAAGGGGUGUGUAUUGUAGU